UGCGCGCGCGUGUAUCUCUAUGUGUGAGAGUGAGUGAGAGGUGGGUUGGGUAAGGGGGCCCCGCUUGGCUCGCCAUGGCUCACCGCUACCUGUGGCUGUCGCGGGGUUGCUGCCGCCGCCGCUGCUCCCCCAGCGGGCUCCCUGGACCUCAGCAGCAGCAACAAGUCGUUUGGAGCCGCGGCCUGACGGCGCCUUCGCCCUGCCCGAGGCUGCUUCAAGACCAAAUUGCCACCCAGGUUCCUGCAAGUCGAAAUAAUGCCCUUGUAAAUGUAAUUGCUGCUUACAGACGACUCUGCUCCCAACCUCCGAAAGGAUUUGAAAAAUAUUUUCCUGAUGAGAAAAAAGCUAAUGAAACAAAAGCAUCAGAUGGAGACACAAAAGAUGUAAAACCAAAUAAUUCCCAGCGGCCUGCCAGAAGCAGCACUGGAGGAGGUGGAGGGAGCAGUGGCGGCACUGGUGGCAGCGGGGGGAAAAAAGGUGGCAAGAAAGAAGAUACUGGCUGGUGGUCUAGAUUACAAAAGGGGGAGUUUCCCUGGGAUGACAAAGAAUUUCGUUUCUAUUUUAUGGGCAGUACUAUUUUCUGGGCUGGUGUUACAUAUUACUUUUUCUUCAGAAAUGCUGGGAGAGAAAUCACAUGGAAAGACUUUGUCAACAACUAUCUUUCAAAAGGAGUGGUGGACAAGCUAGAAGUAGUUAACAAGCGCUUUGUCAGAGUGGUCUUUACUCCUGGAAAGUCACCUAUUGAUGGGCAAUAUGUCUGGUUUAAUAUUGGAAGUGUGGACACUUUUGAACGAAACUUGGAAACUGCGCAGCUUGAGAUGGGAAUAGAAGGAGAGAACAGAUUGCCUGUAGUAUAUUCAGCAGAGAGUGAUGGCUCAUUUCUUCUGAGUAUGCUGCCAACAGUGCUGAUAGUUGGCUUCUUGCUCUACACGUUAAGAAGAGGACCUGCUGGAAUGGGCCGGACGGGACGGGGAAUGGGCGGACUCUUCAGCGUGGGUGAAACAACAGCCAAAGUUCUAAAGGAUGAAAUAGAUGUAAAGUUCAAAGAUGUCGCUGGCUGUGAGGAGGCCAAACUGGAAAUAAUGGAGUUUGUUAACUUUCUGAAAAACCCAAAGCAAUAUCAAGAUCUUGGAGCAAAGAUCCCAAAGGGAGCCAUUUUGACAGGACCCCCAGGCACUGGGAAAACACUUCUAGCUAAAGCCACAGCCGGAGAAGCCAGUGUUCCUUUUAUUACAGUCAAUGGGUCUGAAUUCCUAGAGAUGUUUGUUGGUGUGGGUCCUAAGCUAAGAGGUAAGCUCUAUGUUCGGGAUUUAUUUGCUCUGGCUCGUAAAAAUGCCCCUUGCAUUCUCUUCAUUGAUGAAAUAGAUGCAGUGGGAAGGAAGAGAGGAAGGGGUAACUUUGGAGGGCAAAGUGAACAAGAAAACACACUCAACCAACUACUGGUUGAAAUGGAUGGGUUCAAUACUACAACAAAUGUAGUUAUUCUAGCAGGGACCAACAGACCAGAUAUCCUAGACCCUGCGCUUAUGAGGCCUGGACGGUUUGAUAGACAAAUCUUUAUUGGGCCACCAGAUAUAAAGGGAAGAGCAUCUAUUUUCAAAGUUCACCUAAGACCCUUGAAGUUGGAUAGUAGCUUGGAUAAAGAUAAUUUAGCACGGAAACUUGCCUCUCUGACGCCUGGAUUUUCAGGUGCAGAUAUAGCUAAUGUGUGCAAUGAAGCAGCUUUGAUUGCUGCCAGACAUCUUUCAGAUGCCAUAAACCAAAAGCACUUUGAACAAGCAAUUGAACGAGUGAUAGGAGGCUUGGAAAAGAAAACCCAAGUUCUGCAGCCAGAGGAGAAAAAGACAGUAGCCUAUCAUGAAGCUGGACACGCCGUUGCUGGAUGGUUUCUGCAACAUGCUGAUCCACUUCUGAAGGUAUCUAUUAUUCCACGCGGCAAAGGAUUGGGGUACGCUCAGUACUUGCCUAAAGAACAGUAUCUGUACACCAAGGAACAGCUGCUUGACAGAAUGUGCAUGACUUUGGGAGGCCGUGUGUCAGAACAAAUCUUCUUUGGCAGAAUUACAACAGGAGCCCAAGAUGAUCUAAGGAAAGUUACUCAGAGUGCAUAUGCUCAGAUCGUUCAGUUUGGCAUGAACGAAAAAGUUGGCCAGAUCUCAUUUGACCUUCCUCGGCAAGGAGACAUGGUGUUAGAGAAACCAUACAGUGAGGCUACAGCAAGAUUAAUAGAUGAAGAAGUGCGAAAGCUUAUUAACACAGCUUAUGAGCUGACAUUGUCCCUUCUGACUGAAAAGAAGGCUGAAGUGGAAAAGGUUGCUUUACGACUCUUGGAGAAGGAGGUGUUGGAUAAGAGCGAUAUGAUCGAACUGCUUGGUCCCAGGCCAUUUGCUGAAAAAUCUACUUACGAAGAAUUUGUUGAAGGCACAGGCAGCUUAGAUGAAGACACCUCACUUCCAGAAGGCCUUAAAGACUGGAACAAAGAUCGCGAGAAAGAGAAAGAGGAGACAACAGAUGAACAGGUAGCCAGACAAAUCACAGGAGACAUGCCAUUUUAGUGUUGAAAUGUGGCAUUGUAUAAACUGGUACAGUAUUUUUCGUGCGCACGGAAAUGGAACAGUGCGCUUGUCCCAGAGACUGGCCUUCUGCUCCUGGAAAGCAGCAAACGAGCCAUGGUGGAAUGAGGAAGAAAUCUUUUUUUUAAGCUAAGAAAUAUCCCAAUGUCAUUGGAAGUCAUGUCCUGGAAAUUAUUCCCUGAAAGAGACCUUGCAGCUAAUGGGUAUAUGCUGUGAAUAUACCCUUCCAGAUACGUAUCCAGAUUGUAUAACACCUGCCCAUCAAUGGGAAUAUUUAAUCUGACGUGGAGUCAGAGUCAGCCGAGAAACUUCAAAAAGUCUACAAAAGUUAAGACUUUCUGUCAAAUACAAGUUGCAAACUGUGCAUCACUUGACCCUUUUAUCAGGAAGUCAAGGUAAUUCAUAAAAGCACUUUCUGUUCUACAGAAACAUCCAGUUUUCAUUUGCUGCCGACUUAAUUUCAUCACUUCACCUUGCUGUCCGUAAAGAUUAAGCCAGUAACUGUAAUGUAUAUUGGCAGUGAAACUGGAAACCUACUAAAGAGCUUUUCUGUCAUUUAUGGAUCUGUGACUACAAUGAAGUGUAAAACCUAAAUUAUAUGAUUGCAGUUUUAAUAAGGGUGUUUUCUAUAGGGACCUGUAAGAUAUCGAACACAUGAAUAUACUGAGGUUUUUGUAAAUACAGUUUGGAAACAAUAAAAUCAGAUAUUGGACUUUGAA